AUGUUCUCACAGUGCUCGCAGGAUCUAUUAAAGAUUGCAAAUCUUCAUCUCCGGAGUCUGAAUUUAAAUCUGCAUUUACGAAACCACGGAAGAGCUUUCAGCAAGUCACUGCCUGCAUGUCGAAGGAAAGUAGUUGUUACAGGUAUUGGCUUAGUGUCCCCUCUUGGUGUGGGGACUCAGUUUGUGUGGAAGCGCCUUCUCCAAGGAGACAGUGGGAUUGCAUCUCUAGAUGGGGAAGAAUAUGCAGGCGUCCCAUGUAAAGUGGCUGCUUGCGUGCCAAGGGGAAACGAGGAGGGUCAGUUCAGUGAAGAAAGCUUUGUCUCAAAGUCAGAGAUCAAAUCCAUGAGUUCUGCCACUGUGAUGGCCAUCGGUGCAGCAGAGCUAGCAAUGAAGGACUCCGGCUGGUCUCCCCAGUCUGAACAGGAUCGCUUAAGUGCCGGUGUGGCAAUUGGGAUGGGAAUGGUUCCGCUGGAAGAGAUUUCUGAUACAGCCGCUUUAUUUAAAGCAAAGGGUUAUAACAAGGUCAGCCCGUUCUUUGUCCCAAAGAUUUUAGUCAAUAUGGCAGCAGGCCAUAUCAGCAUUAAAUACCAACUGAAAGGGCCGAAUCAUGCUGUGUCAACUGCUUGUACCACAGGCGCACAUGCUGUUGGAGACUCCUUUAGAUUUAUUGCCACUGGUGAUGCUGAUGUCAUGUUGGCUGGAGGGACUGAGGCUUGCAUUAGUCCUUUGUCCUUGGCUGGAUUUGCAAGAGCUCGGGCCCUCAGCACGAGUUUUAACUCAAGCCCUAAAAUGGCAUGUCGACCGUUCGAUUCGCAGAGAGAAGGGUUUGUAAUGGGAGAGGGUGCUGCUGUGCUGGUCUUGGAAGAGUAUGGACAUGCUGUACAAAGAGGUGCUAGGAUCUAUGCAGAAGUUUUAGGUUAUGGACUGUCUGGUGAUGCUUGCCACAUAACAGCACCUAAUCCAGAGGGAGAUGGUGCAUUCAGGUGUAUGUCUGCAGCAAUAAAAGAUUCUGGGAUCAAACCUGAAGACAUAACAUAUAUCAAUGCACAUGCAACUUCUACACCUUUAGGAGAUGCUGCUGAGAAUCAAGCGAUCAAGAGACUUUUUAAAGAUCACUCACGUAAUAUUGCAGUUUCUUCAACAAAAGGAGCAACGGGACAUCUCUUGGGGGCUGCAGGAGCUAUUGAAGCAGCUUUUACUGCACUGUCCUGUUACCAUGGAAUUUUGCCACCUACUCUAAACUUAGAGAAAACAGAGGCAGAGUUUGAUCUCAAUUAUGUUCCAUUAACAGCUCAGGAGUGGAAAACUGAAAAACGGCGUAUAGCACUCACAAAUUCAUUUGGCUUUGGUGGUACUAAUGCAACUUUGUGCUUUGCAAGUGUUUAACUUAUGCUGUCCAUGUUGUGAAAAAUGACACUGACAAUGAUUAUCUGUACUGCCACCCUUGGUGUGUACUGUGAUCUUUUCUCAGCUUUGAGAAUUGCUCAUUUAAUACAUAAGAACUUUAUUCGCCCUAGCAUUUACAUCAGUAAUUCUUUUAGAAAGAGGGAACUUCUUUUACUCAUUUUAAUAAAAAUAAA